GAUGGAAGAGAGAUAUUUGAUGAUGAAUUGGAUGAAGACUCGAGCCAAGCCAAGAAAUCUGCUAACCAAAAGUCUAAAAAACCUAAUGUAAAAAAGCCAGUUGUUAAACCAAAGACCAUUAACAAGAUGUUCCUUGCUGCAAGUGCCAAAGCCAAGAAGACAGAGUCUGAUAAAACGACUCUUGGAAAUGAUGACUUUUUGGACGAUAUUCUCAAGGAAGUAGAGAAUCCAAGGUCUAAUCCAAUAAAGCUACCUAAGUCAAGGCUGAAUCCUUUCAGAACCCCCCCUGGUGUUCCAACUCACAGAGCACCUCCAAGAAGAUUGCAGUCUGCAGGCCGUCCUGCAAGACCGUCAUCACUGGAUACCAUGAGGCCCUCCAAGAUGGCAUCUCAAGUGAAGCCAUCUCAUCUAGCCAAGCGUAAAGCAUCAGAUUAUGAUGAUGAUUACAGUGCUAAUAAUAAUGAUGGUUAUGGAGGCAUGGUUGGAGAGGCUGUUGACGUGAAUCAAGGAGACGAUACACAGGAAGACCAUGCAUCCAAUAAUGUACAAGAAACAGAUAUGGCAUAUGACGAUUAUGAUUAUGAUGUCAAUGAUGACUUGGGGGAUGCUGCUGCACUGGAAGCACUAGAUGCAGUAGAAGAUCGUAAACCACAUAUCAAGCAAGAAAAGAUGGAGGAAGAGGAGAAAGAAGAAAAACCAGCUCCCAAGCUUCUGCCAUCAACGAGAAGAGAGCUAGAUGGUGGCUCUGCUUGGGAAACGAUUUUGGGUCAAGAAGACUGUAAACAAGAGGUUAUGAUGGAAGUAAACGUGGACUCAUCGUCUUUACCUUUAGAGGAUGUCAAUGGUGAAAAGGUCCUCAAGUUUUACUGGUUUGAUGCGUACGAAGACAGAUUCAGACAGCCUGGGAUUGUUUAUUUGUUUGGUAAAGUGAAGAUCAGCUCAGCAGAUAAAUUUGUUAGCUGCUGCGUUGCCGUCAAGAAUAUUGACAGAAUCAUUUACCUGUUACCAAGGGAAAAACGCUUAAGUGCUGGACCAGAUUCUGAUGAACCAGUUCUUAUUAAGGAUGUUUACGAGGAAUUUAAUGAAAAGAUUGCUAACAAGAACAAGAUUAUGAAGUUCGUUUGUAAGCCUGAUAGCAAGGACUACUGCUUUGAAGUCCAAGGUGUCCCAGCAAAUUCAGACUACCUUAUGGUUAAAUACUCUGCUGAGUAUCCACAGUUACCUGAGGAUCUCCAAGGAGACACGUUUAGUAAAGUUUUUGGAACAAAUACAUCAAGUCUAGAACAGUUACUGCUGAAUCGUAAAAUGAAGGGUCCAUGCUGGCUCCACAUCAAAAUGCCUCAACUUGCCAACCAACCAGUUAGCUACUGUAAAGUUGAGGCUUUUGUUAAUAAACCUGAUCAUGUGAUGUUGGCAGAGGAACAAGAUGACCCACCACCAAUGGUUGUCAUGAGUCUCAGUAUGCAAACGCUUAUCAACCCCAGAACACACACUCAUGAGGUCAUCGCAAUAUCUGCUCUUGUUCAUCAAGAAGUACACUUGAAUAGGGCUGCGCCCAAGGAGAAGUACCAGUACAGGUUCUGUGCCAUUAGUAAGCCAAGUGACAAGCUCUUCCCAUUUGACUUCAAAGAUGUCCUCAAGAAAAGGCAAAUAAAGAUUGAAGUCAUGACAUCAGAGAGAGCUUUACUUGCAUUCUUUGUUGCUAAGAUACACAAAAUUGACCCAGAUGUCCUGGUGGGUCACGAUAUCUAUGGUUUUGACAUGGACAUUCUGAUGCACAGAAUCAACGCUUGUAAAAUUCCUCAAUGGUCAAGACUUGGCCGCUUAAAACGUGCCAUUAUGCCAAAGAUCUAUACUCAUGGAAAGGGUGGUGGGGGUCACCAUGGCGACCCCAAUAUCACGUGCGGGCGUCUCAUGUGUGACGUCAAGAUCUCGUCAAGGGAGCUCAUUAGAUGCAAGAGCUAUGAUCUUAAAGAGCUCUCUCGUGUGGUGCUGAAUACACAGCGCCAAGAGAUCGAUCAGGAAGAUGUCGCUAAUAUGUACAGCACGUCUCAGGAGUUGCUGUAUUUGUUGGAACUCACAACGGUCGAUUCUCUACUGAGUCUUCGUAUCAUGUACGAACUAAACGUUCUUCCUCUCGCUCAUCAAAUCACGUGCAUUGCUGGAAAUGUCAUGGCACGUACUCUGCUCGGUGGACGGUCGGAGAGGAACGAGUACCUACUGCUCCAUGCUUUCAGUGAAAAGGGGUUUAUUUGUCCUGACAAGUCGUAUGGAAAGAAAACGCAUGCUGCAGUAAACGAGGAUGAUGAACAGCCAACCACAAGUAAAAAAGGCAGACGUAAACCCGCUUACGAGGGUGGACUGGUACUAGAGCCAAAGAAAGGUUACUACGACAAGUUUAUCUUGUUAUUGGAUUUCAACAGUUUGUACCCAUCCAUCAUCCAGGAGUACAACAUCUGUUUUACGACUAUUGACAGAACAUCUACCAGCACUACUGGGGAUGACGAAGAUGCGAUAGUUGAUCUGCCUGAUCCAUCGUUGGAGCCAGGAAUACUUCCCACUGAGAUCAGAAAACUUGUUGAAAGGAGGAGACAAGUAAAAAGUCUUAUGAAAACCGUUGGACGAGAUACAGAUAAAUACACUCAGUUCGAUAUUCGUCAGAAAGCUCUGAAGUUGACCGCAAAUAGUAUGUACGGGUGUCUUGGAUUUUCGCACUCACGAUUCUAUGCAAAACCAUUGGCUGCCCUAGUUACUAGCAAAGGAAGAGAGAUUCUGAUGAAGACCAAAGACCUGGUGCAGCAAAUGCAUCUCGAUGUAAUCUAUGGAGAUACAGAUUCUAUCAUGAUCAACACCAACUCUACCGACCUCGGUGAAGUCAAGAAGAUUGGCAACAAGGUCAAAAGCGAAGUGAACAAGUUAUAUCGUCUGCUGGAGAUCGACAUUGACGGUAUCUUCAAGUCAAUGCUGCUCCUCAAGAAAAAGAAGUACGCAGCAAUUUGUAUCUCGGAGAAUGAAGAUGGCACCCUUAAUGAAGUAAAAGAAAUGAAAGGUCUUGACAUAGUGAGAAGGGACUGGUCCGACCUCGCAAAAGACGCUGGGAACUACGUCCUGGCCCAGAUUCUAUCCUCCCAACCACGAGAGACCAUCCUGGACAACAUCCACGAGUUUCUGAUCAAAGUUGGCGAGGACGUGAAGGAUGGUAAGGUUGACGUUCAGAAAUUUAUCAUCAACAAGCAAUUGACCAAAUCUCCCCAUGACUACCCUGACAAGAAAUCCCUGCCCCACGUCCACGUGGCUCUAUGGAUGAUGAGCAAGUCGAGGAAAGUAGGCGUGGGAGACACGAUUCCCUACGUCAUCUGUGACGAUGGCUCAACCUUGCCUGCCUCACAGCGUGCUUAUCACCCUGAUGAAUUCCAGAAAUCAGACACUCUGCGAAUCGACAACAAGUACUACUUGGCAAGUCAAGUGCAUCCCGUUGUGUCACGAUUGUGUGACCCUAUCGAAGGAACGGAUGCUUCUAGGAUUGCGCAAUGCCUUGGUCUUGAUCCAUCGGGAUAUCGUAGCGCGUCAACUCACCAUGACGACGAAACAGAUGCCUUGCUUGGUGGCCAGGCACUUAUGACUGACGAGGAGCGAUUCAAGGACUGUGCUCGACUGGUGCUCAAAUGUAAAAAUGCAAAAUGUGGUGCAGAGACGACUAUUGAAACCCUUGUCAAAAGCAAGGAUAAUCAUGAAUAUAGUGCUAUUUGUCCACAAUGCAACAAUCUUUACCAAUCAGCUGCCGUGAUUAAUCACGUGACUGUGGUCAUUCGUAAGCACAUCAAGGAGUAUUAUAAUGGCUGGCAGAAGUGUGAAGAUCCAUCGUGUGACCAUCGCACUCGUCAAGUACCACUUACACGCCACAGGGGACUACCCCUUUGUCCUCGUUGUCACCGGGCACACAUAGUACCUAUGUACACAGAUACAGCUUUGUACAAUCAAAUCCUCUACUACAGCCGACUGUUUGAUUAUGACCAUGCUUCCAAAGAUAAAAAAAAAAGACGUGCCUUCAAGAGCCAAACCUUUGUACGAUAAAGUCUACCCCUGCCUUCAGAAAGUCGUCGAGUCUAACGCCUACUCCGAAGUCAACCUUGCCAAGCUAUUCAUCUCGGUCUUUGGAUAAUCUUCACGUAAAUAUAUAAAUACUAUCAUCCACACUGAAAUAUUUGAUUUUUUUUUGCAUUAUCUUUUGUAUGGUUUUUUUCCUUUACUGUUUUAUAUCACUCCUGUGUUCAUUGCUACGUGCUGAGCGAGUCAGUCGCGACGUGAAAGUAAGGCAAAAGACUUCCGUCAAUCAAAUCAAUCAUAAGAGUAGUAUCCCAUAAACCUAUUCACAGUCCACAUGAACCUUGAUGCACUCUAACGAUACCGAUUGCCUAUGAUUAUCCAAUUCACGCGCUCAUAAUGUCAUAAAUCAACUGUCACAAAAUGUAAAAUAAGUGAAAUUUUGUUAAUAAAUCGCAUUCUUUUUA